AUGAUGUCCAGACAGAAGAUCUUCAAAUCCCUUCAAAAGCAAAUACGACUCUUUUCUCUGACAUCCGUUUCGAAUGCCGAUUAUUCCCAUGUGGUUAUUGGUGGUGGGGCGGUGGGGAUUGCAAUAGCCGGUGAAUUAUCAAAGCGUCAGGACAAUAAUGUUCUAAUCAUUGAAAAAAACGAUAAAUUAGGUCAAGAAACGUCUUCUAGAAACUCUGAGGUUAUUCACGCUGGUUUAUACUACCCAAUUGACUCUCUCAAGACCAAACUUUGUAUAGAAGGUAGUAGACUCAUUUAUGAUGAGGCAUCGAGAGCAGGAGUUCAAAUGUCCAAAGUUGGGAAAUGGAUAGUUGCUCAAAAUGACAUUGAAGAUGCGUACCUUGAGGGCCUACACAGUGCUUGCAGUCAUAAAGGUAUUCAGACUGAGUUUCUCUCAUUACAUGACGCCAAGUACAUCGAACCGGCCAUCGUUGCCAAUCGUUCUAUCUUGAAUUCGCCAAACAGUGGAAUUGUCAGCGCUCAUUCCCUCAUGGACUAUCUUUAUAGUAUAUUUCAAGACAAUGGUGGUGAUCUUGCAGUCAAUUCUGAAGUUCUUGGACUUUCAACUGUUAAUAAAAAUGACGGAUCUGAUGGGUAUGAAAUUCAGGCCAAAGAUACUGUGACUGGUGAAGAAAUAACUAUCACUUCAGAUGUGGUGAUCAAUUCUGCUGGGUUAUAUUCCGAUAAAAUUUCUAAUAUGUUACUACCUGAAGAUCGUCAUGUUAAGUAUACUUAUGCAAAGGGAAAUUAUUUUACUCUAACUAGAAGCCAUUUGCCAGUGAAAAGACUUAUAUACCCAACACCAAUCAAGGGUCUCAAGGGUUUAGGAACUCAUUUGACAAUUUCUUUAGAUGGUCAGAUAAAGUUUGGUCCUGAUCAUGAAAUCGUCUCUGAAAUCGACUACUCUCCCAAUUCAAGCAAUAUUCCAAAGGCAUACGAGCAAAUCAUUAAGUAUUAUCCAGGUAUACUACAGGAAGAUCUUGUUGCUUCUUACUCAGGAAUUAGACCUCAGUUGCCAAACCCUAAAGGAGAAUUCCAGGACUUUAUAAUUAGAAAGGAGGAGGGAUAUACAGGUUUCAUCAAUUUGUUGAAUAUUGAUAGUCCUGGGUUGACAAGUAGUAUGGCCAUCGGCAAAUAUGUUCGCGAUUUAUUAUACAAAUGA